UCCGAGCCAAACUGGACGAGAAGAUGGCUUCCAAGGACGAAUGGGAUUACUUUCAGAACGGACCCAGCACGUGGGUGACGAAAUUUCCCAUGGCAGCUGGCUCUAGACAGAGUCCGGUGAACAUCGAGACUAAACGGGCAGAAUCCGAUCAUGAGGCUCUAAGCAGCAAGCCUCUGCGUUGGAAAUAUCCCUCUACAGCAUCUCGGAAACUGGUCAAUCCUGGUUAUUGCUGGCGGGUGGAUACCGAUGGCGAGGACACGUUUUUAAGUGGUGGACCGCUGAUGGACGAUGUCUACAAGCUGGAACAAUAUCACUGUCACUGGGGAUGCAGCGAUUCCAGAGGAUCUGAACAUACAGUGGAUGGACAAGCUUUCGCUGGAGAGCUACAUCUUGUGCAUUGGAACACCAGCAAGUACAAAACUUUCGCUGAAGCCGCGAAAGCUUCUGACGGUCUGGCCGUUCUGGGAGUCUUCCUUAAGGUCGGCAAGACUCACGAAGAAAUGGACAAGAUCGCGCGAUUGUUGCCAUAUGUCUCGCACAAAGACGAGGUUGUGGAAAUUACGGAACCUAUUGACCCUGGUAAACUUCUUCCUGACGACAAUGGAUAUUGGACAUACUUGGGCUCACUGACAACGCCACCGUGCAACGAGAGCGUCACUUGGAUUCUAUUCAAAAAGUACAUCGAGGUGUCCCAUCAUCAGCUAAACAUUUUCCGCAAUCUGCGAAAAUUCCCACGUGGUGAGGAAUGCCCUUGCCACGAGAAUCACGGGGCGGUGAUCAACAACUUCCGUCCACCGAUGCCGCUGGGCAAUCGUGUCUUGCGAGAGUGUGGUAGCUUCUGAUGGCCGGCCUCCACUCGGAAACUAAGCAGAGAUGAAAGCGACAGAAAGAGAAGAAGAACAGAAUAAUUUUCGAUCUCUUCAUUUUUUGCAAAUCCAUCGAUCCCAAGGCGGUACUGCUGCUAAUGAGCCGCAGCGUUCAAUGUGCCUUUCGAUUAAUCAACGGAAACUUACUUUGCGUUUUGCGAGACGCCGCAUCGCAGCUCGUUGCUUUCUCAUAAUCGAAUUCGUUGUUGACAGCGACUUCCGCAACCAGCAGGAAAUACCUGUCAUUUCACGGAGAAAUCAACGAAUCAAGAAUACUUGGUAGUUAUAGCUCACGUUUGGUGAGUGGCGUGCUCACCGAAACUUCCAUAUUAUUUGACCCGAUUAUACAGUAAACUAAAUAAAUCUUAGAAUCUAAGCACCAUUAUCGGAGAUCUUGAAAUCAUUGUGAAUUCAUGCGUUUCAUAUGAAAAAUCAAAAUUUAUAAAAAUCUCGUUAUGUUAAAUUCUACAUAAAUCCAUGAUUACAUUUUACACAAUUUAUAGUGAAUUUGAUUCUCAUCGAAUUUUUCUAAUUUUAAAUACAAAACUCUUUUAACUAUUAUCUAAUAUUCUUUGACGAUAGUAGGUAUAUGAAUUAUCGAAAGAAUCUACGUUUAGAAAGUAGCAAUACUUUGAUGAGAAACAUAUUGGUAACUAAUUAUUAACUUUCGGUCACACCAUGACCAAUACGAUCGAGAGUCGUAUACCUAGGAUAUUUGCUUGAAUAUAAUGUCGUGUCCUUGGACCAGCCGAAAUGAUGAAUUGUUAAUUUUAAUCAUCAUUCAUUCACAAAACUUGUCCAAUCAGACUAGUUUUUUCUUCAGGCACAAUUGUUUUAAACCAGUUGUAAAGCAUCGAGUGAAUUUUAUAGAUGUGGAUUUUAUAAAUACUCGUAUAUCUUCGUAUACAUCGUUGAUGAAGAAACGCGCUUGGUCAGGGACGUUGCAGUAAUGACUAAUGCUAAUAUAUAUGUAUAUAUGUAAGCAUGUGCCUUUCAUUUUAAUUUAACGAGUAAUUAUGAGUGAAAUAUAACAAGUGUUAGAGCGUGCGCUUCUCGCGCCGCGCAGAGAAUAUCGCUUUCUCAUUAAUUAGAAACCAUUGCUUAUAUCUGUACGCGUAUAUAGAAUAUUUAUGCUUGUAGAUAUAGACGCGAUCUGAUGAUAAGUCGAAAUAUAAUGAUAAUUGCAACGCAAUGCGAUUAUUUUCACCACGCGGUCCCAUUAUGUAUCGCAUUAUAUAUUGCACAUUAAAUCAAUAGACAUUAAUGACAAAAUAUUAAAAUAACUAUUGGCAUACGUACAACAGCUCGUGUAUGCGCGAGGAGGCUUCUGUUUCGAUCAAUCCGUCCGCGAGAGACACAUCGAUUCGACAAACUCGAUUCGUAAUUCGUAUCGCCUUUAAACAGUUAUAGGUACAAACAUUUGUCUUGGGUGCUUUAGAUUACAUUAUCGUAUAUCGCAUGAUUGCAUCUAAACAAAAUAGCUGCUUAAAGUCAUAUUUAUAAGCAUGUAUACUAUUGUCGGCGCGCGAAGUGGACAGUAAGACCCUGCAAAACAUUAUACGGCUUCAUUCAAGUUUCAUGUAUAGACUUAAUAUAUACUUGAUGAGUUUGCUCUGUCAAAAUAUACUCGCACCACAUAAUCGCAUCGUGCAAGGUUUAUUGCGCUCCGAGCAACAAGUGCGAAAUACCGUUGCGCGACGGCGAUUAUUAGAUGCGAUUUUGACAAUAUGUAAGUAUAUGACAACAAGGAUAUUGUCAUGUCCAAAAAUGAAACGAGUCCCUCAGAAAUCAAAUUGACUGGCUGUAAAACAUAAGAACUGGGGAAAAUCAAUGACAUUGUAAACCGAUCUAUGUGCUUAAUACUAAAAUUGCGAGAGAUGUUAAUC